AACGUGAAGUAAGCUGAAGAAGAUCGAAGCCACUUCUAAACAAACUUUGUACAUAUUGCAUCUCAUUCUUACACACAUAAACAUAAUAUUUCUCUCUUCUUCUAUUUUUCCAGCCGCAAAGUUUGUCCACAAACAGCUCCAUAACCUCAUUUUGUCUGUGCUGUUUGAAAAAUCAAUGAAUUUGUGAAAUUCCCAUUUUUGGGGAAAUUCUCAAGGCAUUUUGUUAGUUUUUCCAACCCACAAUGCGGGCUGUGCCCAAGUGGGUGGAGAAAAUCCACGAACCAGGUGACAAAGGAGACCAUGCAAGCAUUCACGCUGUAUGUUUCCACCCGGAAGGAUUACAUGUUGUUGCGGGGGCUGCAGAGAAAGUUCUCGUGUAUGAGAGUCUCAGUGGGCAACUUGUGGAGACACUACGUGGGCACAAGGAGGCAAUUUAUGCCGUUGCAUAUGCGCGGGAUGGGAAAAAAUUCGCAUCCGGAAGUAUGGAUAAGAGUGUCAUCAUUUGGACGAGUAAAUUCGAAGGGAUGCUAAAGUAUUCUCACAGUGAUGCCGUGCAGUGUUUAUCAUUUAAUCCAGUUUCACAUCAGCUAGCUUCAUGUGCAAUCUCGGAUUUUGCUCUGUGGUCGGCGGAACAGAAAUCUGUGCAGAAGUACAAAACCCCCGCACGGAUAAAUUCCUGCGCGUGGACAAAUGAUGGGCAGUACUUGGCAUUGGGAUUGGCCAAUGGAACUAUCAGUAUUCGCAAUAAGGCCGGAGAUGAGAAGAAUCGUAUUGAUCGUCCGGGAAGUCCGGGAAUCUUUGGUGUAGCAUGGAAUCCUCCUGGGGCUGCCAAUGCUGACACCCUGGCUGUUGUUGAUUGGUCCAAAACACUCAGCUUCUACACACUCGGUGGCCAGAUGGUGGGGAAGGAGCGAACGCUGGGAUUUGAUCCACUUUGCGUGAGUUUCUUUCCGGAUGGGGAAUUCCUCGUUGUUGCUGGAUGCAACAAACAAAUGCAACUCUUCACGCGUGAGGGUGUCAAGUUGGGUAGUCUUGGAGAGAUGCACGACUCAUGGAUUUGGUCUGUGGCCAUCCAUCCUCAAGGAAACUCCAUUAUGGUGGGAUCUCAGGAUGGAACGCUAGCGUGCUAUAGUAUUGUCUUAAGUACCGUCCACGCCCUCUACCGUGAGCGCUAUGCCUUCCGGGAGAACAUGUGCGACGUAAUAAUCCAGCAUUUGGUAUCCGGGCAGAAAGUUCGCAUUAAAUGUCGCGAUCUCGUCCACAAAAUUGCCAUCUAUCGCAAUCGUCUGGCCGUUCAGCUGCCCGAGCGUGUGGUUCUGUACGAAUUGAAUUCCGCGGAGAAUCAGCCGAUGCACUACCGCGUUAAGGAGAAGAUUGCAAAGAAAUUCGAAUGCAGCCUCCUCGUUGUCUGUGCGCAGAACAUUGUCCUCUGCCACGAGAAGAAGCUGCAGAGUUUGGACUUUGCCGGCGUUCUGCAGCGUGAAUGGAAUAUGGACAGCUUCAUUCGGUACAUAAAGGUGACUGGGGGGCCUCCGGGACACGAGGGGCUCAUGCUGGGUCUCAAAAGUGGUGAAGUUUGGAGGAUUUUCCUCGACAAUGCCCUCCCAAUUCUCGUCACGACCGUCCUCUCGUCUGUCCGGUGCCUCGAUCUCAAUUCCACACGAACCAAAUUAGCCGUUGUGGACGACGCUGGACGCCUCGUGGUGCGAGAUUUGUCCUCAGACACGCUCCUCUAUCAGGAUUCAGGUGUAAAUUCCGUCGCAUGGAACACACAUCUCGAAUCAAUGCUCUGCUAUUCCCACACAGCUGGAGGAUUGAGUAUUCGCGUGGGGAAUCUCCCACCAAGGAGCCCCCAGAGUCUCCUUGGGGUUGUUGUGGGGCUCACAGGGGCCACGGCCUUCUGCCUCCGUGGGAAUGUCAUGAGUAACGUCCCCCUGGCUCUGGGGGCAACCAUGUGGCAAUUUGUGGAGGCAAAUCUCUUUCAGGAAGCCUAUCAAGUAGCCUGCCUUGGGGUCCCAAUGUCCGAUUGGGAAGGCCUAGCGCAAGCUGCCCUGGACAACUUGGAACUCAACGUAGCACGUGAUGCGUACGUAAAAGUGCGGAAUCUCCCAUGGUUGAAUAUAAUUCUGGAGCUGAAGGAGAAGCAGAAACGCGGGGAUGUGGCACGGGAGGUUCUUCAGGCGGACAUUAUGGCUUUCGGGGGGCGCUUCAAGGAGGCAGCUCGGCUGUACCAGAAGAGUGGGCAGAGCUCCAAAGCUCUGGCCAUGUAUAGUGAUCUCCGGAUGUUUGAUUUGGCACAGGAAUUCCUCAAGGAGGGUGAUUCAGCGGAUAAGCGGGAAUUGGUGCGUCGUCGGGCUGAAUGGGCGUGCUCUGUGCAUGAGCCACGUGCUGCGGCAGAACUCCUCCUAGCUGCUGGAGAGUCUGAGCGUGCAAUUGAAAUUGUUGCCGAGCAAGGGUGGUCGGAUGUCUUGCUGGACAUUGGACGGCGACUCAAUUCGUCCGAGGGGAAGAGUUUGAAUCUCGUUGCCAGACACCUGAGGCGCCUCAAAGCUCUCCCGCUCGCUGCUGAGAUCUACCGGAAGUUGGGAGAGGAAGCCCAAGUGGUGCAGCUGCACGUGGAGGCACGUGACUGGCCUGAGGCAUUCCGAUUAGCUGAGCAUCUGCCACAGGUGCUACCUUCGGUGCAUUUGCAACAUGCUCAGUGGUUGGCGGAAUCGGAUGAAUUCAUUGCAGCUCAUCGUGCCUACGUACUGGCGGGGAAGCCGAAAGAAGCCACAAAGUUGCUGCGGGAUCUCGCCGAGUGCUCAAUCAGUGAGGAAAGAUUCGCCGAUGCGGGCUACUACAUCUGGCUCCGGGCCAAACAGACGCUUCAACUGCUGGACACGGAAACAGAAGAUGUGGCUGCGAAGGUUCGGGAAUUUCAGCAACUUCUCCGCCUGGCAACGAUCUACUAUGCCUACAGUACCAUCCACAGCUACCUCAGGGAACCCUUCACGAGCAAUCCGCCACUCACGCUGUUCAACACGAGUCGUUUUGUGGCGAAUCAAAUUGAGAAGGGUAUCCCACCCAAAGGGAUCAGCAUGUUUGCCGUGCUCUACACGCUGUCGAAGCAAGCUAAAGUUCUCGGCGCCAAGAAGCUUCAUCUGCAAGUGAAUAAUCGCCUUCAGACCCUCAAAGCUCCGUCCGGGAUUCAGGAACAAGUUGAUUCAACUUAUCUGUCCAGUCGUGCCUCUUCUGGCUUCAAUGAUCCCGAAGAGUUACUGCCCAUGUGCUAUAAAUGCUCCAACUACAGUUCCCACCUUCAAGGCAACAUCUGCCCAAGUUGCCAGCAGCCAUAUAUUUUUUCUUUUGUGUCAUUUGAAAUUCUGCCCCUUGUGGAGUUUCAUCUGGAGUCAGGUAUUACGGAUGCUGAGGCAGAGAGACUCCUCCUUGCCCCACCGCGUGUUAAUGAAAGUCAUCCGGAUCCCUUUACUGACACCAUGGUUCAAGAGGAUCUCACAGAAGCAUUCCCCGUGGCGCUAGAUCGUGAGAGUCUACGUGCAAUGGACUCACGAGGUGUGUUAAUUGCAAAGUGGUCACCACCGCUGAGGACACGCUUCUACAGGAAUCUCCUGCCUGAUCUGCAAAUUACCAUCUGUCCGGAAUGUUUCCAAGCUUUUCACACGGAAGACUUUGAGCUGCAGGUGCUACAAAAGGGCUACUGCCCCUUCUGUCGUACCUCCGCCGAUAGUCUCCUCAACACCUAAUAACAACCUUCAAAUGGUUGCAAUUUAUGUUGUGUGUACAAUACAACAUGCAGGAAGUGCCUUCUUGUGGUGUUUUUUAGCACGUGAAAUUUUCUUAUUUUUUUGUGAUUUAAUCCGUCCACAAUUUUUAGAAGAAGAAAAAAAAAUAAAAAGUAAAGAAAUUAGC